AUGGCGGCCCGAAGAACAGUGAAAAAAUCCGAAGAAACGCUAAUUUUGCCUCCUAUAACUUCAAAUCUUGCUCGAUCGAAACCAAACGUUGGGAAAACACUUGGAAACUUUGGAACUUAUGUUUUGUUACCUUCAUUGGACCCUGUACAAAAUAUGAACGCAAUGUACGAUGUUAGAAAGUUUUGUAAAUUACUUUGUGAAUGGUAUAUUUCGUGGAGAAUUUGGCAAAGAGAGGUGUUAUUGUGUAGCUUGUCGGAGAAAUGUUCUGUUAAUUUGUUAACAUCGUUGUCUACUAUACUUGAACCUGUAUUUCAUCGGGAUUUUGUUUCAAGAUUGCAUGGCAAGUACCCAGACUUUAAACCAAAAGUGGCAAAGCUACCAAAGCAUGCAGAUAUUAAAACUUCGAACGCCGAAAAUAAAGGCAGUAACAUAAACGUUAAAGUCGAACAGGGGGAGAGCAAUGUUGGAGAAGUUACUGAAACAAAAACAAACACUAUAAGUCAGGAAAAAGUUGAGGGGAAAAUAGACAUAACAAAUGAUACAGCUAUUGUGAAAGAUGCAGUUAGUAGGAGUGAAAUAUGUGACCAAGGAAUUGAAAUAUCCGCAGAACAAGUGGAAACAAACACAGAACCGACUGUUGGUGAAAAAGUUGAAGUAAUUGACAACCAAAACACCACUAGUAACCAUGUGUCACCUUUAACAAAUUUAAUCAAAGAAAGUUUAUUAAAAAGUGAUAAUGAUGCCCAAAAUACUACAACACAACAUCAAACUGCAAGCAAUGUUUCCCAAAUUAAAACUCUGCAUAAAUCAAUAAACCAAGCACCAUGUCAGAUUAGAGGUGACGCAUAUGAGUGUAGGUCGUGCCACAUUCACACGGCUAAUGUUUACAACCAGGAUACAGGCUCAAGGUUUUUCUCCGCAUCUCGUUUCAAAAGACUGAGUGACAUGAAGGCAAAUCUCUCUCAUGAUGUUAGAUUAGAACUUGGACCUAGAGUUAGUGAGUUGGAUCAAAAGUGUUUCAAGCAUCGUCGGUGGUGGUGGCCGACCCUAAAGAAAAGAGAUUAGUUCCAGCACAAGGUUUAAAUUUGUGGAAAUAUUUUGCAAGACAGUUAAAUGAUGUUAACGAGGUAAAUAUGCUAGUUAGCAAAAUAAUUAUGCCAGUUAAUAAUCAACAACCCUUCUCUAGCUGUCAGAUGAGCUUUAAUUAUGACUUCAUUGUUCAUAGAUUAAAAAUUUCCAUAAAAAGUUUGCACCUAAGGUCAUAAAUUCUCAAUAUUAGCUACAGGUAGCUAUUAGACUGAGCAAAAUAGAGGGGAGCAUCACACUGGUAAUAUUCAGGAAAUUUUGUCCCAGGACAGCAGGCUCAUAUUUCCAGCAGACAUCCAAUGAAAAAUUGAAAGCUUUGUGUUUUACACAGAGCAGCCAAUUUUGUGCGAGAUGUCCGCUGACUAUAUGAGCCAGCAUAAGGGGGAUAAAAUUUGACCAACAUGCAUUAGGGCACAUUGCUGCAUGCUUAAUAGGUUUAACAUAGAUUUAUUUGAACAGAUACUCCAUGAAUUAUCUAGUUAAUUAAGACUUUAAGAAGUCUGAUAUAUAUAUUUAUUAGAGACUGUGGCAUUAUGUUCACUUUGAGAAAUUUAUGAUUGUACAAUAUAUAAUUGUAUAUAUUAAUUUAUGAUUAUGAUAUUUAUGAUUUCCAGAUCCUUUGUGUUUAAUCGUGAAUUAUUAAUGAUCUUACUCAUUUAAGAAAUCAGUAUUCUAAGUAUGAUUUAAAUUCUUCUUGUUAAUUAUGUAAUCAUAUUCAAAAGAGGAUGGAAGCUUGGGGUGAUUACGAGAGAGUCAAUGUGAUUUCAGACGUUAUCAAAUCAUCAGAUCCUGAGCAGAUAAAUUUUUUUGCCCAGUGUUUAAUUCAGAGGUAAUGUAGUCUGUUAAUUAUUAUAAAAUUAAUAAUAUUCCAUUUGCGUUGAAAAUGUGUUCGAAAUGCGUUAGAUUUGCGUUCUUUUUGCGUUCGACUCAGUUCGGGUUACGUUCCAUUGGCGUUCCGAAAUCGUUUCAGAGGAAACUUUACUUUCCCCUGAUAUUCUAAUGGUCGUGCGCCAAAAUCGUCUACGUAAACUGUCUUUAUAAAUACUGUAAUAUUCGUAGGUUCCUCAGUCUCUGAAAGUAAAACCUCGGUCAAAUGAGGACGAGAGUGCAACUCUCGCUCAUGUUUGACCGGCAACUCUCAUCAACUCUUGUGCACUCUUAUCAACUCCCGAUCGUCAUGCAACUCUUGUUCUUCUUUGACCGGGGCACGAAAGUUGAGAAAACUCUCAUGCAUGCAAACUCUCGCUUGCCAACUCUCAUCAACUCUUGUGCGCUCUUAUCAACUCUCGUGCAACUCUUGUUCUCCUUUGACCCGGGCACGAAAGUUGAGAAAACUUUUAUGCAUGCAAACUCUUGCUUGCCAACUCUCAUCAACUCUCAUCCGCGUAUUAACUAAGUCCAAUGACUACUGUCUGAACAUUAACAUUUUUCUCUCAUUUUGGACAGAUUGAAAGAUCAUACAGAUGUAAGCAUACUACCGGAUCAAACCCUUCUCAAAAUAUUUUCCGAACUUGAUGCCAGUACGUUGUGUCAACUUUCGCAGGUAAGACGUAUUUAUGUUUUUUUUUGGAGGCCGUUUCGUAAAAAAAAACGAAUUACGUUUAGAUGGCUUUUCUAAUUUUUUGGAUGUUGGUCGCAUGGUAACAUAGUUUAUAAAAUAACAUGUAUAUAACGCGUGCUCUGAUUGGUCUAAACCCGUGUUUGGAUCAGUCCAUCCAAACACGGAAAUCUAAAGUGCCUUCGCGGGAAUUUUAAACUUUGUUGUUAUUUUAUAAAACAAUUACUUUAUGGUUUCCGUGUUUGGAUGGCCUGAUCCAAACACUUGGGAAUGUUGCUCGAGUUAAGAAAAAUCGUUCGUCUUCGGCUCGUGUUUCGCGCGUUUUCCUUAAUAACUCUCGCAACAUUACCGCGUGUUUGGAUCAGGCCAUCCAAACACGGAAACCAUAAAGUAAUUGUAUAAUCUAUAGUUAGUAGAUCAGUGUCUUUGACUUCUGUGGUCGGAGUUUUUUUUCCAUUUUGCCUCGAUAACUCUACAGUCACAUGUGAGUGUUUCCAGUGUGACUCUGACUUUUCUCUGUAGUUACACUUUUUUUCGAAUUCUUGUUCUUGAAGGUGUCAAGAAGAUGGAGAUAUCUUGCAGAGGAUGAUGGAUUAUGGAAAAAUAAAUGUCUUCAAUUAGGUAUAAUUCAGAUAGCUCAGUCAGAUAGGGUGGUUGAGCCGUUAUAAAGGCAUGUUACAGUACACGAGGCAGAUGAAAUGCAAAAAAUAUGAUGAAAAAUGUUGGGAGAAUUAACUUUGGGCUUAGGAUAUUUUCCCUGGAACUACUUUUUAGAUAACAUCGCUCUAUGUCAGAAAUUGCGUUGCAAGUUCCAACAAAAAUUGCCUCAUCAAAAAUUACCUCAUAUUAUCACAUAUUAUUAGCACUGAUGAAGAUCCAGGGUUACGGAUCGAAAGCUUUGCAGUGAUAAAUUCACGUGGUGUUCCACAAACAAUAGUAUUAAUAGGAUAGUGCUAUCUACCGGAAAGUGAUUUUUUAACAUUAUUCAAUGAGUAAAAUCAUUUAGCUUUACUGCAGAGUAAAAACGUAAAUAAGGACAUUAUAUGACGUAUUUUCAAAAUACAAAUGAAGACACGAAGUAUUCUGAGAUUCUUAUAUCUUUAUCUUGUAUAAAAUAUUUAGGCUUAUCAAACGGAGUAAAUGAUCUGAUAUUCCUAAUUGAGAAAUCUGCAGAGAAUCACACAGUGGACUGGAAGCAAGCUUACCAGGAAGUGUAUAAGUUUUUCCAACAAUCUAAAAAGCAAAGGGAAAGUCCUGUUGAGGAGGAGGAGGAGGAGGAAGAGUUAGAAGGUAGGGGGGGGGGCAGUGCCGUAGCCAGAACGAUAAUUGGGGGGGGGGCACAUAUUCAUAUAUUCGUGUUCUGCUUUAUUAAUUUCUUUUGAAAUCAAUUGUUUUUAUGGUAUGUGAACACGAAUAUAUAAAUAUGUGCCCCCCCCCCCAAUUAUCAUUCUGGCUACGGCACUGGGGGGGGGGCAGUAGAAGGCUGACGAGAAGUGGGGAAGGGGAAACGGGUGAUGGGCAGAUGCCCAGCGUCUGGUGCUUUCUUGGAAUGGCGAUUGUGGCCACUGGUUUAGCUGCAUCCUCUCAAAAUGAAUCUGCAUGGUCUCGCAACUUGUAUUUUUCUUGUUGAUGCUCAUUUUCCCCUUGUUCUUUUGGCUUUUAGAACCAGUGGAAUCUAUCAGCGCAUCAUCAGAAUCUCAACUAAGUAAGUUCUCCCAGCGCUGCCAAUAAAUGUUAACAUUUCACGUUAGGUAAGAUACCCCGGUUUACCGGCACGAGUAUCGCCAUUUUGGUUUAAUGUCGGCAUGUUUACCCGUAAUUUCUAACUAGUUGUGGGCCGUUUAAGUAGCAAAAUACUUCAAUAUCUUACCUAAAUAAAUCAAUGCACAUGUGCUCGUCAAUUUUUUCCAAAUCUAUGGUGAACCUCAACAACGAAAGUUACCAUUUUCCAAUCGAUUUUCUUACCCCAGAAUAUCUUGGAUUUCUGGGUACGUGUAUGUAUAUCAACCUCUCAACUGUUAAUUUUUACAGGUCAAGUACCUUCUAAACAUAGCAGAAUUAGUGAGCAAAGGAUGACAAGUACCGCAACAAGUGUGUUCAAUUUCUUAAAUACCUCAUUCAAUUUUUUUAUAUUUUCGCGUGUGAGCGUAUGGAUUAGAACUGAUGAGUGCACUCAAUAUAUUUUUUUAAUUGUUUCUCUUUAGUUACAGCAGAUAUACAACUAGAAUAUUUAGAUUUGACGUCAGCUAGAGACGGUGAUGUUUUAUCAGGAAGGAGUGUAGAUGUCGAAGACGAUAAUGAUGAGGAUCUUACUGGAGGAAAUCUUGGGAUGCUAGAAGAUGCUUUAUCUGAGUUGUCUGGUGAAAAACAGGAGGAUAUUACUGAUGAAAUAGCGUACGAUAUAAGACCGAAUAAAAUACAGCCGCUUAAUGAAAUGGUAUGUUUUUCAGCGCUCGAAAUGGUUGAUUCAAUCGAGCGUAAAGCACUGAUUGUCAACGGUCAACCAGAAGUUAUUACACCCGUUUUCAAAAUUACGCGACCUCCCUGAAAAAUACUCCUACUUCAAAUGUCAGUUUUAUGUCACAAGAACUGCUAAAAAUAGCAAACGUAUUAAAACAAACUGUCUAAAGACAUUUUAAACCGUAUUUUAAUACCAAAACUGAACAAAAAUGAGUCAGAUAACUUAGAUAUACAAACUACAGCACAAUACAAACCAUCACAACAUAAAUAUGUGCCGUGAAUGACUUUUAAAGUUUGAAAAAAACAAUUUAUCCUGGAAUAUAGCUGUCAGUAUAAAACACGCGCGCUAGACUAUAACGGUGAUGUUAUGAUUUUGUCGUGCUUAAAUUUUACAAUAAUUCUCACUAAAAUAUCUUGAAAAUCGUUGUAAGUCUGUUUAUAUGAAGCAUACAAAGCAUAUACAUCGACAAGGAACCGCAAAACUCAAAAUUUGAACUUCGUGAUCGAAUGACAUAAAACUGACAUGUCAACUCUAGCAUUUUCGUCUUUGGUCGCGUAAUUUUGAAAACGGGUGUAAAGUGAGAAAAUAAUGUUAAUGAAAAAAUAAUGGGCUUUCAUUAUCAGAGCAAUUAGCGCCUUUCACCUCUGAGAUUGUGGCUUCGAUUCUCGUGCCGGACUGAAGACAUUCAUGUGAAAAGAUCUACCGAAAGUCGUGGGUUUACUCCGGGUUCUCCGGUUUCUUCCCACAGGGAAUGUUGACAGGAUGGGGUUGGGGUUAGCCCCCUAACUGAAUCUUCCACCGUAGCUGUGCUUCGUGAUCAGAUAUGAGUCAUAAGGUGGCUACCAGAGGAGCCCCAGGCGCCCUUUGAAAAUCGAUCAGGUUGAGCUGCGUCCUUCGUAAUUCAGCUUAGCUUUCAGCAGCAAGUAAGGAAGAUUAAUACAACAACAUAGGGCCUACUUACUUACUUAGAUUAUACGGUAUUAUGCAGUAGGCUUAUAUUUUGUGGCAACAGAUAAAAUGAAGUGCUUUUGUUUAAUCUGAUCGCUCCAAUACGUUGACCAUCAUCUGCUACUUCGUAACUCAGUGGCGUAACGUUAAAGCAGGGGUCCCCCGGUUCAACAUUUUCGAAGGCCCCCUAGUAGAAGUGCCAAACGCACGAGUCGAGCGCCGUAUAUGCACAAGUUUUCUAGGGGGUCCAGGGCAUGCUCAAUCCGGAAAAUUUUUUAAUCUAGACUCUCUAAAAUGCCAUUACCUGGACUUUGGGGAGAGAUAUUACAGAAUUCUGAUGGUCAGAAAACGACAUUGUAACAUAUCGGAGGCCCUGACCAAUGUUUUUGCUCUAUCGCCUAAGCCUAGGGGCCUCCAUUGGGGUUGGGACCCCCGGGUUCUCCCGGUCUAAGCCCAUAGUAGUUACGCCACUGUCGUAACUCCUUCACGAAACGAACUUUUUUUAUUUGACUUGAAUGGAGUUGAAUGUUAUUACUACGUUUUUUAAGGCGUCAGUGCCAGAUAUGAUUUAACUAGAUAUUUGUUUUGUAGGAGGAUUUUGAUAAUGGAAACCAUCGGCUUAUCACGGUUGGUGUUGAGGACGUAAAGUCUGUGAAAAGAGUCCGCAAACUUCAGGUAGAGAAAAUGAAAAUCUACUUUUCCAAUUUGAGGUUUGGAUGCUCCAGAUUCCUAUUCUACUCACACUACAACAAUGAGAGAUGGUCCUCAUUGGACGUCUAGGAAGAACAUGCAGUUUAAAACAGACUGAACAGUUACAAGUGAUUGAGUUAUCCAGUAUAAUCUUUUUAUCUCAUCUUUUUAUCUUAAUUAAUUAAUAAUUGAGUUUAUCGAGAUUCUCACCCAUUGGCGAGCGGAUUCAUGCACCUCUCAUCAUACAACUCUUGUCAACUUAGUCACUUGUGAACAGGAUGGGAUGUGUUCGCACUGCUUGUUCCCAGCUUGUUGACAAGUUGUCAACGGCUUUUUGACAACUUGCCACAAUGUUGUUGGCAACUUGUUGCAUGAGCUCAACAGACUUGUUACAAGUUGUUCCAACAUCUUGUUAUCGUCCUGCGAUUCAAUAAUUUGGUCUUUGAGAGUGAUAACCUUGUAGCAACUUGAUAAAAUAACAUUGUUACAACUUGUUGACAAGCUUGCUACAAGCCUGUUGCGAUGUCCAUCUACACGAAAACGAGGCCCUAUGGCCAAGGUCGUCACCCACUUUCCAGAAGGGUACAUUGAGAAAACUUUCAUACAAACUCUCACUUCCCAACUUUCGUCAACUGACCAUUUGCGUAAUAGACUAAAUUUUGAUCUCAACAAAAAUUUCAUUACAGCUUGAAAGAGCAUCACAAAAUUAGUAAUAUUCCAAAGUUUCGUUGCAAAAUGUUGUAAAAUGCGGAAAAUAUAGCCUUACGAAAUUUGCAAUUUUCAGUCAUUUUAGAUUACAAACCGGAAAUUGACAGCCUCGAAGGGUUUGGGGCUGUCAAUUUCCCGUUUGUAAUCUAAAAUGACUGAAAAUUGCAAAUUUCGCAAGGUUAUAUUUUCCGCAUUUUACAACAUUUUGCAACUAAACUUUGGAAUAUUACUAAUUUUGUGAUGCUCCUUCAAGCUGUGAUGAAAUUUUUGUCUAGACUUGUUUAGUUCAAAAUUUAGUCUAUUACGCAAAUGGUCAACUGUCAUCCUUGUUUGACUGGGGCUUUAUUGCGAUUGUCUAGGGUCACAUGGACGGCGUUUACACGGUGCAGUUUGAUCCCAAGAGAUGUUUGACUGGUUCGACUGAUCGACUUUUACGGUACAGAUUUGAGAAUUUUGUCUAUUGUUACUCAGAAUUGCUAGUGAUUACAUGUAUUCCUUGUGCCAGAUUUAUGAAUGCAUUAUUUUUGUUAUAAUGUGUCAUCAGUAUUAAUGCAUCGUUUAGAAUGUGGGAUGUUCGAACUGGACGAGCGAUUAGAACGAUGACCGGUCAUUUGGUAAGUAACCACCAUAGAACGAUGUUUACGAUUAUAUGAUCAGCGAGCUUAAAGGCCGUUUUCCGUAUCGGACCGUAACGUACUGGUGAGCAUGCGCAGCUUGGGGGUGGGUUUUCAAAUUUACGUACUUCCGGUUGAUUCGCGUAUCAAGAUAAAAAGUUCGUCGCAAGUCAACUUUUGAGCGUACUACGGAAGUAUUAACCAAUCAACAAUCACGAAAUUUUGAAAUUUAAAAUUUGUUUUGAUACGUGUCAGUAUACGUUAAAGAGUCAUUGUCAACCACAAUGCAUUUGUUUACAUCUUUACCUUCGGAAGUGAGAAAUAGCAACAAAUGAAGAUAAUAAACAUUUCUUUGGUGCAAUUUUAGUAUAAAAAAGUUAAAAUUAGCAAGUAUAACCACAGGAUGGUAGUAAUAUAUUAUGGAUUGAAAACCGAAACAUCUAUUAUUCCGCCAUUAAAAUGGCCGCCAGGCAGGUUUGGGCGCGCAAUGCAUUGUCGUUGACAAUGACUCUUUAAGCUUGAAGUGGAAAACGGCCUUGAGCACGCGACUUUUUUUUUCAGACGUCAGAUUGCCGAGGGGGGGGGGGGGACUGGAUUAAAAACUGUGUUUGUGACAGUUUGUGGUAAUCUUCAACGUCUUCAAUACAUAUGACAAAGAUUUUUGCUUCCUUACACCAUGGGCGUAUGGGCCUAAUCUUGUUUGGGGGGAGGGCACAGUGUAGAUUGCCCGAACAGGCAAACUGCACAUUAAUAUUUCUCCCCAAAAUUGUUGGCGAGCGGGGGGGUAGUCCUAAUUACCGGAAAGGUCUAUUGUGAUAUUACUUUUUUAACUGAUAUUACUUUAAUCUUAACCCACCCUGUCAACUUUCUCUGUGGGAGGAAACCGGAGCUCCCGGAGAAAACCCACAACUUUCGACAGAGCGUUGACUCUUUUUCACAUGAGUCCGUAGCGAGGAUCGAACCCACGAUUUCAGAGGUGAAAGGCGCCUGCUCUGCGGACUGCGCCACCGAAGCUCCCUGUUUCACGUAUAGUAGAAAGAAAAGCGAAAAUUAUGAUUUGAUUUUGUUAUUCUACCCAGGGUGGUGUGCGCUGUGCUCAAUUUGAUAAUCAGAAGAUAUUAAGUGGGUCGUGGGACACAACAAUUAUGGUAGGUCGUGAAGUCUUUGGUCUUCUUUAGUUUUUCGUCUCAUCCCAGUGAGUCCAUCCAAUUCAGCUUAUAGGGGCUGUUUACAUGACCUCGGUAACGGUUUGUCGUCACAGGAUGGAAGAUGAUUCUGAUGUAUGGAAAUAGAUCACUAUAGGCUUAAAAGAAAGUUCAAAUGUCGGUUAAAAGAACCCAAAUGUUGUCGAGGAGAUCUCGUAGUUGAAGAAGAUUAUUAUUGCUGCUUGAGCAACCUUUCAAACACAAUUAUACUAUAAUCUAUCACUAGAAAAGUAAUGUAGUUUUGCUGAAUCGUGCACCGUGAGCUAUUUCAAUACAUCAGAAAUUAUCCCUCCUCACAUAAAGGGCCUGUUUACAUGAUCCUGCAUGGUCAGACGGAACGGGACGUUUUCGCUCGGAAACUCGUCCAGGCGAGAUUUUUGGUAGGAUGAAGCCAUCGAAGUGUCAUAUUUUUCGCAGAAAAAGUAUUUACGCAUGCUCAGAAGGCAAAUUAGCAAGAGAUCAUAUAAACCCCGAAGCGCCCUGCUUUAUUAUUUUACUAUGUUUAACGCCAGACGAUUUUACUCGUGAAGGGAAAAAUGCUUCCAGUCAAUGGGUUAAUAAACCACGCAAGAUUAGUUUAAUUCAAUAUUGAUAAUAUCGUAUUAUUAUAGAUCUGGGAUAUAGUAAAGUUUACGUGUACUGGUAUUUUGCGUGGUCAUCAAGGAUGUGUCUCUUGUUUACGCUUUAAUUCCUCGCAUCUGUAAGUAUAUAAGACUCUCGUGUUAAUUUAAGAUGUUAAAAAUUAUGAUAUGUUUGAAUUUAUUGAGUUUUUCUCACUCAUUGGUGAGCGGAUUAAUUUAAUUUAAUUAAUUUAUUAACUUUGCCAGAUUCAAACAAUUAACGUUAACACAAAAACUAGCAGGGCAAUCGCAACAGCUUGCGCCAAUUACUGCGAUCCCUAAAUGUUAGACAAAUACACUAUAUACGUACAUAGAAAAAUCAAUUAUUAACAAACUAUAUCAGAUUCAACUUUUCACAUUGCGACCCGCAUGACCACUUCGAUUACCCAACAUUCUAUUGCCAAAAUGAUAGGGGAUCCGAGGUACGUACGAUUUUAACGUCCUUAUCCGAGAAGACUCGAAAGUCUGACCAUUUACUGAUGUCAAUGUAUAAGGUAGCACUUUCUCCUCAAUUAUUUUAAGACCUUGAGUAGAGCGAGGUUCGACCAAGGAUUGAACCCGGGUCGUCUCACAGCUUGAAACGCAAGCGUGGUGACCACGACACCAUAAGUGCUGGUCAAUAUAUGUUUUUUUUCUUCUUAGUGUGAGUGGUUCCCACGAUAUGACGGCGAGGGUGUGGGAUGUGGGCACCUGGGAAUGUUUACAUGUUCUUGAGGGACAUACAGGUACGCGGUUGAUUUAUGAUGUGUCCAGAAAGCCUCUGGGAAAAGCUUAAGCCUGGUUCACACUGGUCGUAAUUCAUUGGCGAUCUAUUGUAUUAUUUUCCAACAGACAAAGCAUUUUACACACCAAUGACCACAAACAAUGGAAAUCCCCGAUUCUUACGACCGUGGAACUUAAAUCUGAACCUCUAUAAUAAUUUCAGAACAGAGUUCUUUAAUCAAAGGCACCUUCAACUCUUAUUCAAUCGAGUGAGAUGCCAACAAAAUCUUGAUAUUAAAGUACCCUUAAUCCCACCAUUUCUGUUAUGAGCUAUUUAUAUUUCUUUAUAUUUAUAUAUUUUUAUUUAUUUAUUUAUAUAUAUUUCUUUAUUUAUUUAGAAUUUUUUCAAAUCUUUUCUUACUGUAGUUUUCGUAAACUUUCUCUCUUUCUUUAUCCACUGAUUCAUUCUGAUUCCUUCUCUUUACUCUUUUGCUUUAAUUCCCGUUUCCCCUCAAAUUUCACUUGCUAUGGCAAGUGUACAUUUUAAGUACGGUACUGAUGUAAUUAGAGACCUUACGAUUUAGGACGACAACGCGACGGCAACGGCUACCAAUACAAUAAAUCAUUGAAAAGAAUCGAAUAAUUACAAUAUAUAAAUAAUUUAGACAUUGUCCUCGCUCUGCUUACAACGCCAAAUCACAGAUUUUCACGUCUUGAUACAACGGCUGCACUUCAAACCGCAACAAGUGCAACUUCAAACUGGGUUCAGCAGAACUCUUCCCAAACAUAAAACUUCGACUUCUAAGACUGUAAUUCAUAUGAUUGAUAAUAUACCAUGAAUUAUCUUCACUACCAUUUAUUUGAAGGAGUUUAUUUUGGCCGUCGUCGUCGCGUUGCCGUCCUAAAAUUGUAAGGUCUCUAUUUGUGAUUGCAGGACCCACUGAAAAACACUACGGUGAUGUGGGUAUCCUGGCUAAAUAUAAAGAUAAUAAUUAUAAUAAUAAUUCACUUCAUUACCAGGUGAAGUAACAUGCCUUUUUCUCGGCGGAACAUAUUUACUCACUGGAUCAACUGACAAGUAAGAUAAAUAACGAACCAUUCAUGUAAAUACAACCUUCUAGAAAAAAACUUCACAUUGGCUAUACAGCCUCGUUUUCGUGUAUGUGACGUCAGUUAAAGCCUAACGUUUCAAUCACGAGAACGAGGCUUUAUAGCCAAGUUAAUGUACUUUCCGGAAGCGUGUAUUAUAUUCAAGCUUGCGGAUAAAUUUUGCUGCAUUGUUUAUUUGUCUGCAACUUAUGAAAAUGAGUUUAAACUUACCAUGUUUUUGUUUUAUCCAGGACUGUUAAACUUUGGAAUGUUCAAAGUGGUGAAUGUCUUAAAACGUUAGUGGGACAUAACAGUUCUGUUUUUUCGGUCCAGGUUGGUUUCCAUAAUUUGUUUCACUUUAUACGUACAUACAUAAGUAAAAAUCUCACAACUUGUCAAUAAGGUGUUGGAUGUGUUGGCAACAGGCUCGAGUAGCAAGCUUGUCAACAAGUUGUAACAAUGUUUGUUGCAACUUGAGCGUUGUUACAUGUGUAUAGUAGGUACAUGAAAAAAUUGUUCAAUUUUGAUUGCCUGAGAUUAAUUUGUUCUUCUUUAAUUUAUCUUGUUGACAAGAUGUGUGAUUUUUACUUGUGUAAGAAUAAUUAUGAAAGCCCUGUGAUUUCAACAUUUCUUGGGCCUGACUCACUAACCAGAUUUUUACCUUAUCUUUUAUUUUGCUUGUUCUUGCCCUAGGCAUGUCGCGCCCUCGUCAUCAGUGGGUCGGAAGAAGGCAAGAUAGUGUUCUGGGAUGUUGAGCAAGGGUCACCUGUGGCGAUUAUCCAAGCUCAUGAUGGUCCAUGUAACUGUCUGUUUGUUUGGGGAAGUCAUUUCCUUUCUGGGGGAGGGUAAGUAUUAUUCGAUCCAUUUAACUGUUUGCUUGUUUGAGGAAGUCAUUUUUUGUCAAGGGAGGGGUAAGGCUUGUAGAUCCUAAUACUGUUGAAGGAAAUCAUUUUUUGUCAGGGGGAGGACAAGCAUUAUCCUCCCCUGCUCAAGCUUAUAAAGAUUAUAUCUUGUAAAGCACUCCUGCUCGUGUUUUAAAGGCACAGUUCAGCCUUUUGAAUGAUGGUUUCUAAGGCGCAUUUCAGCCCUUUUAAUUGAAAAAACUAACUAUAGGAAAAUUAAUUAAGUACUAUUUCAAGCACGCGUAGGAGUGUUUUAUCACAUAUAAAACACGACGCGUAGCGGAGUGUUUAUAUGCGAUAAAACACGACUACAAGUGCUUUAAAUAGCUUAAAAAACGACUCAUCUUAUAUGAGUUCAUUGGCGAAGUAAUUUUUAAAAUAAACUUUGUCUAAACCGAGAAAAUCAAAGCUAAAGUUUAUGUAAAUUAACAUGAUUUUUUAUCACAUAUACCACGACACGCUUAUGAGUUUUCUUUGUGUUUUGCUCCUGAAUUAUUAAUGAGUUUUUUAUUCAUAAUUCAAGAUCAGCAAACUUAAUGUUUUUAACAUUUAAAAAAAAUUUAUUGUUAAAAACAUUGAGCUUACUGAUGACCCUUUCAAUUAAAAGGGCUGAAAUGCGCCUUAAAAACCAUCAUUCAAAAGGUUGAACUGUGCCUUUAAAGCCUGUUUACACUUGCAAUUAUUGCUGCAAUUUUAGGUGCAAUUUUUUUCUUCUGGUGUAUGUGAACGAGCGGAUGAGUUAUGAAUGUUCGGAUGACGGUACGUCUUCUCAGAGCAUUCAUAACUCAUCCACUCGUUCACAUGUAUCAGAGGGAGAAAAUCGCACUAUAAAUGGCAGUAAAAUUUGCAAGUGUAAAUGGGCCUAGUAUACAUAGGUCAUAUUUGUAUGUUUAGGGAUGCUCUGGUAAAACAGUGGGACAUCGGCACAAUGACAUGUCUCCGGACUUUGCAAGGACAUAAAGGACCAGUACAGAGUGUAAAGGUGAGGACAAUUUUCUGGGUGUCCAGCAUUUUUAGUUAUGCCCCCAGCCCCCCGUGGUGCCCCUCAACCAUUUUGCCCCCCCCAGUAUUAAUUAAAUAUAAGCAAAACAAUGGAAGAAAAAUGGAAUUUAGAAGGGAGGUUUGAUAUUCUAGUAACUGAAAUUUGCUUUGUGAAUCUUAUGUCCUGUCUUUUAUCUUCAAAUGAUUCAAUGGCUUUUUAAAAAUGCUAAACAUUGUGUUGUAAAUACCUUAGAUUUUAAAAAUUUCCAAGAAGAUAGCAUAUAUCCCAUACCUUAUAGAUUUGAGUUGUUGGAAGGCUAGGCUAAACAAGUUAGUGACCGCGUUGUGGUAUUUACAUAAACAUACCAUGCAAGUACUUAACUGAAGAUUCAGUUUAUCUACAGUAUAAUGUUUAGGAACGAACUUUCCCUAAGUCUCAUGUUAUUAGUAUAUUUUGUGUUCAAUAUAUAGACCACAGUAAGACUUUUUUAAAUGUUUAUUUCAUUAACAAACGACGUUUCGGAGAUUUACUCCAUCUUCAGGUAGGAUUACAAUUUGAAUUUAAACUAACAUGCGCAUGCAUAAACGUUAAAAUUGCGACCGUUAUUCGCGCGUGCGAAAUUGCGUAAGCAUAUAAAUUACGUGCACGUGUCCCAUUCAGUGUACACAGAAAGAUGUCGUGUAUCAAAUCAACUGUGACCUUUGUGGAGCAACGUACGUAGGCGAGACAGGCAGACCAUUGGUGGUUCGAUACCAAGAACAUUUUCGUUCCGCAGCAAACCCGAAAGCAAAGUCCUAUAAAAACAUGGCUUUCUCGAAACACUACCUCGACCAACAUUACGGACAAAAACCUAAACUGUCUGUUAAGAUUUUAAAAAGAACAAAAGGAUCUGUAGAACGGAAAAUUACCGAAGCAUUAUUCAUCCAAAAGCUUAAUCCAGACUUGAAUGGAAAAUACGAACAGUUAAAUGUCUUAGAUUUCGUAGUUUAAACAUUAAAGACAGAAUUAACAAUUUCUAAUUUUUAUUAGAAUUAAUCGGACACGUGCACGUAAUUUAUAUGCUUACGCAAUUUCGCACGCGCGAAUAACGGUCGCAAUUUUAACGUUUAUGCAUGCGCAUGUUAGUUUAAAUUCAAAUUGUAAUCCUACCUGAAGAUGGAGUAAAUCUCCGAAACGUCGUUUGUUAAUGAAAUAAACAUUUAAAAAAGUCUUACUGUGGUCUAUAUAUUGAACACAAAAUAUACAGUAUAAUGUAACGCUGCAAGGCCAUGCAGUUCAUUUGAUCGAUUUUUUUUCUAGAUGAGCUGGAGUAAAAUAAUUUCUGCCUCUGAAGAUGGCACUGUUAGAAUUUGGGAUUUAGAAGCUCCAAUUCAUAAGGUAAAAGCAUAGGCAGUCCAGCAAAUAUGUUGUGUAUUCACUUAAAAAUGCAUUAAACGCUUAAAAAUGCGUAUAAAGUUCGUCUGACUUUGCCAUCAAGCGAUUUAUUGUGCAGCUCACUAGGGAGCGGUCAUAAAGUAAGUUUAUGAAAUUUUUUCAGGGAUCAGGGUAGGGUAUGAAAUAAAUUUGUCACUUUAAAGAGGGGGUAUGAAAUAAAAUGUGUUUGUUUCAAUAUAAAAAUUGUGUUAAUACAGUUUAUUAUUACGACUCCGUUCAUGGUCCAAAUAAUUUUUCAUACAUUACUGCCAUCGUUGUCUCAAAAAAGAUUUGACCAUUGCUCGGUAAUCUCCCUUGCAGUUACUCUCUGUGUUGUGAUUUUAUUCCUGUUCAUGAGCUCAUGGAGAGGAGCACAUGAUGACACAAAGAUUCAAAGAACGGCUGUAAGAGAGACUAUUGUACAGCAUAUUUAAUACACAGUGUAAUCAGUGGCGUAACGUUAUAUCAGGGGGCCCCCGGUUCAAAAUUUUCGAAGGCCCCCUAGUAGAAGUGCUGAAGGCACGAGUCGAGCGCCGUAUAUGCACGAGUUUUCUAGAGGGUCCAGGGCAUGCUCAUCCGGAAAGUUUUGUGAAUCUAGACUCUCUGAAAUGCCAUUUCCUGGACUUUGGGGAGAGAUUGUACAGAAUUCUGUUGGUCAGAAAACGACAUUGUAACAUAUCAGAGAGGCCCUGGCCAAUGUUUUGGCUCUAUCGCCUAAGCUUUGGGGCCCCCAUUUGGCCCAUUGGGGUUGGGGCCCCCGGGUUCUCCCGGUCUGAGCCCAUAGUAGUUACGCCACUGAGUGUAAUCAUUUUUAAACUUGUCGUUUUUUGAUGGAGUAUGAAACAUUGAGACCGCGUUAUCUUGACGGGGUAUCAAAUAUUACCCGACAAUUUUUUGUGGGUAUGAAAUUUUGUUCACAAAAUUAAAAAUAUCCUCCGCCCGGGUAGCACUUACUUUAUGACCGCUCUCUUAUAUAUGCAGAUUCGUCAUUUUACGUCAUUCAUUCCACUCUUCUUUCUUAUAGCUUGGUCGACAGUAUGAUGAAUUUGAAAACUCUUUACUUCCAUUUGACACUCUUGAGCAUGACGAUGAGGAAUCGUAG